AUGUCGACCGAGAAGAAGGACAUCCUCAAUUGGGUGGAUCCAAAGGACAAGUCGGGAGAGUUCAAGAGGCAGACGUCUGUUUUCCGCAACUUCAUCUCCAGCAAGCCCGGCGCCGAGUUUCCGGCCGAGAAGGGGAGAUAUCAUCUUUACGUUUCGUAUGCAUGCCCGUGGGCCCACCGGACGCUCAUUGUACGGAAGCUCAAGGGCUUGGAGGACUUCGUUUCUUACACGAGCGUGCACUGGGAAAUGCUCGAGAAGGGAUGGCGCUUCGCCACGCCCGACGAGAACGUUCCCGGCGCCAACACCACGCCCGACCCGCUGCACCCGGACUUCACCCACCUGCGUGACAUUUACUUCAGCCAGAACCCCAACUACGAAGGCCGCUUCACCGUGCCCACGCUGUACGACAAGAAGGCCAAGAGGAUCGUCAGCAACGAGUCGAGCGAGAUCAUCCGCAUGUUCUACCACGAGUUCGACGACCUGCUGCCAGCCGAGUACAAGCGUGUGGACCUCUUCCCGGACGCGCUGCAGGCCGACAUCGAAGCCACCAACGAGUGGACGUACAACGACAUCAACAACGGCGUCUACAAGUCCGGCUUCGCCACCACCCAGGAUGCCUACGAGCGCAACGUCAAGCAGCUCUUCGCCUCGCUCGACCGCGCUGAGGCCCACCUCGCCUCCUCUCCCGGCCCCUUCUACUUCGGCGACAACGUCACCGAGGCCGACGUGCGCCUAUACACGACCAUCGUGCGCUUCGAUCCCGUCUACGUCCAGCACUUCAAGUGCAACAUCCGUGAUAUCCGCUCCGGCUACCCGGCCAUUCACCGCUGGCUAAGGAAGCUGUACUGGGACGUACCGGCCUUCGGCGAGACGACGCAGUUUGAACACAUCAAGAAGCACUACACGAAGAGCCACAAGCAGAUCAACCCUUUCAGCAUCACCCCUGUUGGUCCGGAGCCUUCGAUCUUACCGAAAGACGAGGAAGUACCUGCGUUGAAGACCGCGAAGUAG